UGACAUUGAAACUCCCCUUGCAAACGAUAUUGAUUCUCUCAAGCAAUUGCCUAUGGACGAAAAGUUAAAUGUUUUAUUAGAGGGAAUGCAAAAUUUACAUCUUAUACAAUCUCGUAUUGAUAAUGUUGAACGUUAUGUGUAUUUCAACAGUGCAUCAACUGUGGUCAACGACCAGCGUAUAAGAUUACUCGAAUACAAACAAAUGGACAUUGAGGCCCGCCAACGUGAAGUAAAUUUAAUCUUUUCCGGGUGCCCAGAGAAAGAAGGUGAAUGGCCAGAAUCCACUGUUGAAUUUGUUUUAGGAAAGAAAAUGAAUCUUGAUAAAAACUUUAACAUUGUAAGAGCAUUUAGAAUGGGUCGGUAUAGAAAACAAAAACCCUCCGUUACAGGGCAACCCCCACCAAAUCCAAAGCCACGUAGUAUCUUAGCAACAUUUAGUGAUGUGAGACAAGUUCACUUCAUUCUGAGUAAAGCCAAAAUACUUAAAGAUACAGGCAUCAGCAUAUCACGUGACUAUCCAACAGAAAUCGCGGAGGCACGCAAGCAGUUAUGGCCAGAGUUUAAAGCCCAGCGUUCUAAACAUGGAGCCGAAAACGUCAAACUAACUUUUCCGGCGGCGAUCAUUGUAAACAAAGUAGAACAUAUAAAUCUCUUUCCGGACUGGUACCCAAUGCUUUCCAAACUUCGAGUAACAAAUGUGAAUGAAAGAAUAGCAAACACAUUAAAAGAUCAAAGUGACAUGUUGGCCCGAUCUAUGAAUCACCCACUGUUUCAAAAUACCAAUUCCACUACUUCACAACAACCUUCUUUUGUACAAGAAAAUAUCGCCGGAAACAAAUCUGAUAACACCAAUGUUAAACAGGUCUUCAGUCCGAAUAAACAACAUACUGCAUCUAUUGAUGUACACACGCAAGAUGAACAACGGCGAAGCAGAUCUUUAACCCGUCGUGUGAGUGUUCCCCGACGUCAACUCUCCCCAAUAACGUUUCACGCGAGAUCGCCGUCCAUCCAACAGAUACGUAACCAGUAUAACGGCAAUGUUGAUCAAGAUACAUCUCAAACAGCGCAACCAAAUACCGUCACAUAG